AUGGCAGGAGCAGUCCGAUGCUGUCCCCAAGUUGACUUCGUCUUGGCGCCUCACAUGGCGACAGUUCCAACGAUUUGUUCGCAAACAGUUUCAAUUACACGCGACAAGUUACUCUUGACCGUUCCCGUCGUUAUUCUUGCCUAUGCUUUCGAUUUGUUUCCCGCUCAACUGUACCUGAUUGGCCAACCGUUUCUGCGCAGUAGCGAACUCCUCUUCGCAUUUCUCACCUCGCCCAUGGAGUUCACCAACAACAUCCUACCCGAUCUUAAUUUGGGCAGGCUGGUUAAAUCUUUUCCCCUUCUCCUAGCCAAAGAGCAAGGCGAAACGAGAGCAUCGUACCAAAUAGGAGAGAUCUUGUUUAAAGAUAAGUUUAUUGAUGAGGAUAGCGAAGUUCAGGGAUGCCAACACCAGCAUGCAGUUCGGGACAACAGGAAACUGGAGGCGCUCAUCGUCCAAUCAGGCAUCACCCUUCGUGACCUCGGUUGGGAUCGGUUGCUCGCCGUCUCUGCCCUGGAGCAACGUCUGCACUCCCGACACUACUGGAACAACGCCGGAAUCUCGCUGCACCAACGCAAGGUCCAGACGGCAGCAGUGAGUUCCCUUCUUAUCCGCGCGCGCUUGUUUGUCUCAUUAUUAGAUUAUAUUGGGCUCACCAGAAGGAGUUUGUUUGUUCUCUGA